UGCAAUGUGAGUCUAGGAAGAGUUGCGCCAAGGUCAAUGCAGCAUCCACUCUAAAAAGCACCGAAAACAUCACACCGCGGAUUUUAUUCGCUUUUGUACAACUGUGCUGAAAGCGAGAGGACCGUGAAGCGUUAGCCAGCGCUGAAAGUUGAUGCCUUUUCCUCGCUUUUUUGAAGGUAUAUAGUGAGGCAAAUAGCAAGCCAUCCUUCUCCAUUUGUAACUCUCCACAUGUCUGUGGACUACCUUUUUGAGAAAGGCAGAAAUACUAUUCGCAUUUUUCUGAAUUCAGAAGCACCGCGUUUCUGUGGGAGCGAAUAUCCCGACGGUCUUCCUCCACUUGGAUGGUAUCAGGAGAGUGAGCUGCCUAACUUCCUUCUAUGUCGGAAAGAACUUGGGUUUAGAAGCAGUGUAGCUUUGCUAUUGUACAGGAGUUGUGCCGGACAUUUAGCUAGCUAGGUUUGUUUCUGCAAGCUCGUUCAUUCAUCGGUAAUAUUUGCCAUGUCAGCGCCAUCCUCCACGCCUCCCGCUCAGGGAGAGAACCAGGCGCCAGAAAAUGAGGGACUGACCGUGGAUACAGGUUUGAAGCCCGCCGGCCCGACACCCAGCUCGAGUCGGUUCCAGGUGGACCUAGUGGCUGAAGCAGCCAGCGCCGCUGAUAAAACGCCCUGCUCGGAUGAGUCCACGCUCGCAUCUGGCGACAAAGCCACCCCCGCCCCCGAAGGUUCGGAGCCAGCGGCGGGUGGCGAGGAGGCAAAAGGCCGGUUCCGAGUGGUGAACUUUGUGGAUCCGAGUGGAGCGAGCCCACCAGAAGUAGUGCCCGCUGAAGGUUUCCAGAAUGGAGACACCGUAAUGAGCGAGGGCAGCCUGCAUUCUUCGACAGGAGGCCAGCAUCACUACCACUACGACACCCAUACAAACACCUAUUACCUGAGGACUUUUGGCCACAACACCAUCGAUGCUGUGCCCAACAUCGAUUUCUACCGGCAAAGUGCUGCUCCACUGGGGGACAAGCUGAUAAGACCCACCCUUUCGGCGCUGCACGACGAACUUGACAAGGAACCAUUUGAGGAUGGCUUCGCCAACGGGGAUGAGCUGACACCGGCCGAGGAGGCCGCAGCCAAGGAGGCGGCCGAGCCUAAGGGAGCGGUCAAGUUCGGAUGGAUCAAAGGGGUGCUGGUGCGCUGCAUGUUGAACAUUUGGGGCGUGAUGCUCUUCAUCCGCAUGUCAUGGAUCGUGGGCCAGGCGGGAAUUGUUCUCUCCUGUGUGAUCGUUCUCAUGGCAACAGUUGUGACCACCAUCACCGGCCUUUCGACCUCAGCGAUUGCGACCAACGGCUUUGUACGAGGAGGAGGGGCAUAUUAUUUGAUAUCCAGAAGUUUGGGGCCAGAGUUUGGCGGCUCCAUUGGUCUGAUCUUUGCCUUUGCCAACGCUGUGGCCGUCGCCAUGUACGUGGUGGGCUUCGCCGAGACGGUUGUGGAGCUCCUCGGAAGCGUGGAUUGUAUCAUGACGGAUGAGAUCAAUGACAUCCGAAUCAUCGGCACCAUCACAGUCAUCCUUCUCCUGGGUAUCUCCGUGGCAGGGAUGGAAUGGGAAGCUAAGGCUCAGAUAUUCCUGCUGGUCGUUCUGAUCACGGCCAUCUUCAACUACUUCAUCGGCUCCUUCAUCCCCCUCAAGUCCAAGGAGUCACAGGGCUUCUUUGGCUAUGACAGUGCAAUUAUGAUGGAGAACAUGGGUCCGGACUUCCGAGGCACAGAGUCGUUUUUCUCCGUCUUUGCCAUCUUCUUCCCUGCAGCCACUGGCAUUCUGGCCGGCGCCAACAUCUCAGGAGAUCUUUCUGACCCACAACUGUCCAUUCCAAGAGGAACACUCUUAGCCAUUCUGAUCACUGGCAUUGUCUACCUGGGGGUUGCCAUUUCUACUGGCUCUUGCAUCGUGAGAGACGCCACAGGAAACGACAAUGACACACUCAGCGCUCAGUUCAUGGCCAACUGCACUGACGCCGCCUGCAAGUUUAGCUAUGACUUCUCCUCCUGCAAGGGUGUCGAUGGCCAGUACAACUGCAGAUAUGGACUCCAGAACGACUUCCAGGUCAUGAGCAUCGUGUCUGGGUUUGGCCCCAUCAUCACUGCCGGAAUCUUCUCCGCCACUCUGUCCUCUGCCCUGGCCUCUCUAGUCAGCGCCCCCAAAGUGUUCCAGGCUCUAUGCAAAGACAAUAUCUACCCUGGCCUUGAGAUGUUCGCCAAGGGCUAUGGCAAGAACAACGAGCCCCUUCGCGGCUACAUCCUCACCUUCUGCAUCGCUCUGGCCUUCAUCCUAAUUGCCCAGUUGAAUAUUAUUGCUCCCAUCAUCUCCAACUUCUUCCUGGCCUCCUAUGCUCUCAUCAACUUCUCUGUAUUCCACGCCUCUCUGGCCAACUCUCCAGGGUGGCGCCCCAGCUUCAAGUUCUACAACAUGUGGGUGUCCCUGGCUGGAGCUGUGCUGUGCUGCGUGGUCAUGUUCGUCAUCAAUUGGUGGGCAGCCCUAAUGACCAACGUUAUUGUCAUGGGCCUCUACAUCUACGUGAGCUACAAGAAGCCCGAUGUGAACUGGGGCUCCUCGACCCAGGCUCUGACAUACCACCAGGCCCUGACCCACAGUCUGCACCUCAGCAGUGUUGAGGACCACAUCAAGAACUUCAGACCCCAGUGCUUGGUGAUGACGGGAUACCCCAACUCCCGUCCGGCUCUGCUCCACCUGGUCCACGCCUUCACCAAGAACGUGGGCCUGAUGAUCUGCGGCCAUGUGCGCACGGGCUCCAGAAGGCCCAACUUCAAAGAGCUGUCCAACGACCAGACGCGUUACCAGCGCUGGCUGCUGAAAAACGAGACCAAGGCUUUCUACACCCCUGUGUUCGCCGACGACAUGAGACAGGGCACCCAGUAUCUGUUACAGGCUGCCGGACUGGGUCGCCUGAGGCCCAACACUCUGGUGAUUGGCUACAAGAGCGACUGGAGGGACGGAGACAUGAUGAACGUGGAGACCUACAUCCACAUGAUCCACGAUGCCUUUGACUUCCAGUAUGGUGCCGUGGUCCUCAGACUGAAGGAGGGACUAGACGUGUCCCACAUCUCAGAACAAGAUGACAUGCUGUCAUCGCAGGAGAAGACGUCAGGGAUGAAGGACUUGGUUGUGUCCAUCGACAUGAAGGACUCUGACGGAGACUCGUCCAAGCCUUCGUCCAAGGCCACCAGUGUCCAGAACAGCCCAGCCAUCCAGAAAGAUGACGAUGACGAAUGCAAAGCCGCAACGAAGCCCCUGUUGAAAAAAGACAAGAGCCCCCAGAGGUUGAACGUGGCAGACCAGAGGCUGCUGGACGCCAGUCAGCUGUUCAAGAGGAAACAGGGCAAGGGCACCGUGGACGUGUGGUGGCUCUUUGACGAUGGCGGCCUUACCCUGCUCAUCCCCUACCUGCUCACCAACAAGAAGAAGUGGAAGGACUGCAAGAUCCGCGUCUUCAUCGGAGGCAAGAUCAACAGGAUCGACCACGACCGCAGAGCGAUGGCCACACUGCUCAGCAAGUUCAGGAUAGACUUCUCCGACAUCAACGUACUAGGAGACAUCAACACCAAGCCCAAGAAAGAGAAUGUGACUGCUUUUGAAGAGAUGAUCGAGCCGUACCGGCUGAAGGAGGACGACAUGGAGCAGGAUACAGCGGAGGCACUGAAGGCCAGCGAGCCCUGGAGGAUCACAGACAACGAGCUGGAGCUCUUUAGGGCCAAAACUAAUCGUCAGAUCAGACUGAACGAACUGCUGAAGGAGCACUCAAGCACAGCUAACCUCAUUGUCAUGAGCAUGCCCUUGGCCAGAAAGGGAGCGGUGUCCAGUGCUCUUUACAUGUCCUGGCUGGAGACUCUGUCCAAGGACCUGCCUCCCCUCCUCCUGGUGCGCGGCAACCACCAGAGCGUCCUCACCUUCUACUCUUAAACACACACACACACACACGCUGCCUUUGGGACUUCCCAUCCCAGCGCCAGUCCUAACUAAGACACGCACACAUACACUUCAAUGAAGGUAGAAACAGUAGCAAUUGAUGAUAAUAUAGUAAUGAUAAAGGAUAUGGUGUGGAGGUCCAGCCUCUUACACUACAUGACCAAAAGUAUGUGGACACCUGCUCGUCGACCAUCUCAUUCCAAAAUUAUGGGCAUUAAUA